AUGGAUGAGCCGUCUACUCCUCCCGCGCGCCGAGCUACCCGCUCAACAGGAGCAAAAUCAGUCUCCCCACCAACAUACGACGUCAAACGAAGAAUAGUCCGUACACCCCUCUCUCCCCUCUCCCCUCACACCACUAACACCACCGUACAGGAAGAAAACCGCCUCAAAGCAAAAGCACUCCGCGAGCGUUCUCUCGCCCUCGAAGCAUCCUCCUCCAAGACUCAAUUUACAUCUCUGAAACGCCCACACACCUCAAUAUCCACCGACACCAUCCCGUCCAGCUCCCGCAAUGCGACCGCAACACUGGACGCCAUCCAGCCGGUAUCCCGGAAAUUCAAGAGCUAUGUCGACCACGACUUCUCCAAGAUGACAGAUACCCGCGGUGGAUUCCUGACUGCGGAGGAUGAUCCAUAUAACAAGACCAUGCACGCGCCUUCAAAUGGGAAAGAGGAGGGAAAGCCGGCGCAUAUGACGCUCAAAGAAUGGAAGCGACAUGAGUUAUUGAAGGAGUUGCGACGGACGAAGAGUGGACCGUUUGAGCCGGGGAUUAGUAGGGAUAGUGGGGCGAAAUGUAGGGAGUGUGCGAGUCUGGAGAUUGACUGGGUGUGGAAGGAGGUGUUUGAUUGUUUGGUUUGUGGGGGGUGUAAGGAGAAGUAUCCGGAGAAGUAUAGUUUACUUACCAAGACGGAGGCGAGGGAUGAUUAUCUUUUGACGGAUCGUAUGUCUUCCCCAUGUCCCCUAUACCCCAUACUCAAAUCAAAAUCAAAAUCAACCUCAAAAUCUAAAGUAAGAUACUAACAAAACCCCCCCCCCAGCCGAACUAAAAGACCCCACCCUCCUCCCCCACCUCGCAAAGCCCAAUCCGCACAAAUCCCACUGGCACGACAUGAUGCUCUACCUGCGGUACCAAGUCGAAGCCUACGCCUUCUCGGCGCAAAAAUGGGGCUCACCCGAAGCCCUCGACGCGGAAUUCGAGAAGCGGGAGCUCGACAAGAAAGUACGGAAGGAGGCGAAAUUCAAGCAGAAGCUCAAGGAGUUGAAGAAGAAGACACGGACGGAUGCGUACCGAAGGAACUUGGAGGAGAAGGGGGGCGGGGCCCAGAAUUUCGGCGAUGUCCUGAAGGGGGGGAAGCAUGAACAUGUUUGGGGACGGGUGGUGGAGGAUGUGAAGACUUGUACGGAGUGUGGGAUGGAGGUUGAGGAGUUGGAGUUUUGAGGGGGGUUAAUACCCUCGUAUAGUAUUGUUUUUUUUGGGGGGGGUUGUAUGAUUUCUAGGGCUUUGAUAGGACUUAGCGGUUUAUUUAUGGAAUAAGCGGGUUUGGGAGUUGUGUGAGAGGUCGGGAGUUGACGAUAUUUGAUCUUGCGUCUUACUUGUACAGACAGUACGUUGCCAAACCAGCGAAUCUCACAUGCAGGUGGAAUACGUAGCUAUAUACUGCAUCUAUAUAUAAAUAUGUACAAACCAUAAUCCAAGAGAACAACAGAAAAC